AUGUCCCAUGAAAAGAGUUUCUUGGUGUCUGGGGACAGCUAUCCUCCCCCCAACCCUGGAUAUCCCGGAGGGCCCCAGCCCUCCAUGGCACCCUACCCAGGGGCCCCUUACCCACAGGCCCCGUUCCAGCCAUCCCCCUAUGGCCAGCCAGGGUAUCCCCAGGGCCCCAGCCCUUACCCCCAAGGUGGUUACCCUCAGGGCCCCUACCCCCCUGGGGGCUACCCCCAGGGCCCCUACCCCCCAGGGGGGUACCCCCAGGGCCCCUACCCGCCAGGGGGCUACCCUCAGGGGCCAUAUCCGCAGAGCCCCUUUCCCCCCAACCCCUACGGACAGCCACAGGCCUUCCCAGCACAGGACCCUGGCUCACCUCAUCAUGGGAACUAUCACGAGGAGGGGCCACCAUCCUACUAUGACAACCAGGACUUCCCUGCCACCAACUGGGACGACAAGAGCAUCCGCCAGGCCUUCAUCCGCAAGGUGUUCCUGGUGCUGACCCUGCAGCUGUCCGUGACCCUGUCCACCGUGGCUGUGUUCACCUUCGUCGGGGAGGUGAAGGGCUUUGUCCGGGAAAACGUCUGGACCUACUAUGUCUCCUAUGCCGUCUUCUUCGUCUCCCUCAUUGUCCUCAGCUGCUGUGGGGACUUCCGGCGGAAGCACCCCUGGAACCUUGUUGCGCUGUCGAUCCUGACUGUCAGCCUGUCCUACAUGGUGGGCAUGAUCGCCAGCUUCUACAACACCGAGGCGGUCAUCAUGGCCGUAGGCAUCACCACAACCGUCUGCUUCACAGUGGUCAUCUUCUCCAUGCAGACCCGCUAUGACUUCACGUCCUGCAUGGGCGUGCUCCUGGUGAGCAUGGUAGUGCUCAUUCUCUUCGCCAUCCUCUGCAUAUUCAUCCGGAACCGCAUCCUGGAGAUCGUGUAUGCCUCGCUGGGUGCUCUGCUGUUCACCUGCUUCCUGGCAGUGGACACUCAGCUGCUGCUGGGGAACAAGCAGCUGUCCCUGAGCCCGGAGGAGUAUGUGUUUGCUGCGCUGAACCUCUACACGGACAUCAUCAACAUCUUCCUAUACAUCCUCACCAUCAUUGGCCGCGCCAAGGAGUAG